UUUACUUUUGGGCUGCUCUGUAUAAUGAUAUCUUCUGAAGCUAGUAAAACAUAUUUUUAAUAACUUUUGUAGCCAUCAGAAUUUAUUGCAAAAUUUGAUAAAUUGGUUACAAAACUUAUUGGCACAUUAAGUUUACUUAUUUUUUAUCUUAAUUUCAACAUUUCCUGCAUUUUUAAGAAAUAAUAAGUUUUCAUAAAAAAUAUCAAAAAACCUGAGUUGAUGUUUAUCAAUGCGAAUUUUUAGCGUGCCGCGCUAAUCAUCAGCCUGUGUGUAUUUCCACUUAUCGCAUAUAAAAUAAGUUGUUCAUUACAUUGAUAAACAAUUAACGUUUCGCAAUUCGCUCUCGGCCAAAAAAUAAGAAAUUCAUCGAUAAUUCAGCGUCGGCGCUCGAAAUUUUCUCGCCCGAAUCUGUGCAUUUCGGUGUGUAACCUCCCAGCAAAGCAAUAUCAAAGUUCAAUAAGAUAGGCUCUAUCAACGUAAUCAAGGCCACUGCCGUUACUCGAAUAAGCCCCAUCUGACUAACAAAUCAGUUUCGUUAACACAUAAUGACAACGCACACAAUUCGAUAAAAUGGGCAUCAACAUCAAUAUCGACCAACCCCGCUACGACCAAGAGACCUACUCGGGAAGGGCCAAACACUUCUUCUUGACCACCAACCCCAUCAACAUCUUCGUGAGCAAUGGCCAGUUGGAGGAAGCCAAGAACCUUGUCACGGCUUACAGGAAUAAACAGCCCCUCCCUGAGGGAAUCACCGAAGAGGACCUUUGGCGCGCCAAAACCCUAUACGAUUCGGCCUUCCAUCCCGAUACUGGAGAAAAAAUGAAUAUUAUCGGGAGGAUGUCGGCACAAGUACCUAUGAAUAUGUUGAUAACUGGAGGAAUGAUGACCUUUUAUAAAUCCACCCCAGCGGUCGUCUUCUGGCAAUGGUUGAAUCAGUCCUUCAAUGCUCUAGUCAAUUACACCAACAGAAGCGGCGAUGCCACCUUCACGGAAAAACAAAUUCUGACGUCUUAUGUGAUGGCAACAGGGGGUGCAGUCGCCACAGCACUCAGCUUAAACCGAAUAUGUCGGAGUGCACCACCUCUUCUGGGCCGAUUAGUGCCCCUUGCAGCCGUCGCUGCUGCCAACUGCAUCAAUAUACCUCUCAUGCGAUCGCAGGAAUUGCAGGAGGGGACUCCAGUAUACGACGAAAACAACAACAAACUAGGAUACUCGAAAAAUGCAGCUCAGUCGGGCAUCGGUCAAGUGAUUUUCAGUAGAGUUUGUAUGGCCACGCCUGGAAUGUUCCUGACUCCAAUUUUGAUGAAUUAUUUGGAGAAAAAAGGAGCGCUAAAGAAGCGUCCUUGGAUUAAUUUGCCAGUUCAAGUGGGUUUUGUUGGACUGUGUUUGACGUUUGCGACGCCUCUGGCGUGUGCAUUUUUCAAACAGAAGGCUCAGUUUGAGUACAGAAAGUUAGAACCGGAGUUAAAAGAAUGCAUCGAAAAGAAGUACCAAAGUCCACCGAAAUACGUAUUUUAUAAUAAAGGUCUGUAAUAAGCAAAAUUGGCUCCAAUAAUAAUUAAUUAUGAAAUAAAAUAGUAGUCAUUUGUUAUGUCCUGUGACAAUAAAAAGGUUUCAUUUUAUCGUU